AUGGCGACUAUGACGAGCUUGAUUGGUCUCAUCAACAAGAUCCAGCGUGCAUGCACUGUCUUAGGUGAUCACGGCGGUGGUGGCUUGUCACUCUGGGAGGCUCUUCCCUCCGUCGCCGUCGUUGGAGGACAGAGUUCAGGAAAAUCGUCGGUGUUAGAGAGCGUCGUUGGAAGGGAUUUUCUACCUCGUGGAUCCGGUAUUGUCACACGAAGGCCGCUGGUGUUACAACUUCACAAGACGGAGGAUGGACAACAGGAUUAUGCCGAGUUUCUUCAUGCGCCUAGAAAGAGAUUCACUGACUUCGUUGCUGUAAGGCAGGAAAUUGCAGACGAAACAGAUCGUAUAACUGGGAAGUCGAAGCAAAUUUCAAACAUUCCAAUUCAAUUAAGCAUACAUUCUCCAAAUGUUGUAAACUUAACCCUCAUAGAUCUUCCUGGAUUGACAAAAGUUGCCGUAGAGGGACAAUCCGAAUCUAUUGUUCAAGAUAUUGAAAACAUGGUCCGAUCCUAUGUUGAGAAGCCCAACUGCAUUAUAUUGGCCAUCUCUCCUGCAAACCAAGAUAUUGCCACUUCAGAUGCAAUAAAAAUUGCAAAAGAAGUUGAUCCUUCGGGUGAAAGAACAUUUGGAGUGGUGACAAAACUUGAUCUUAUGGAUAAAGGAACAAAUGCCGUUGAUGUUCUGGAAGGAAGACAUUACAGGUUGCAGCAUCCAUGGGUUGGAAUUGUUAACCGUUCACAAGCAGAUAUUAAUAAAAACGUUGACAUGAUUCUUGCUCGCAAGAAGGAGCGUGAAUAUUUUGAGACGAGCCCUGAAUAUGGACAUUUGGCACAUAAAAUGGGUGCAGAAUACCUUGCAAGACUUCUAUCUGAGCAUCUGGAGAUUGUCAUUAGGCAGCGGAUUCCUAGUAUCAUUGCCUUAAUAAAUAAAACCAUUGACGAGCUUAAUGCAGAGUUGGACCGUAUUGGCAGGCCUAUAGCUGUGGAUUCCGGGGCCCAACUAUACACUAUUUUAGAGAUGUGUCGAGCAUUCGACAAAGUAUUUAAGGAACACAUCGAUGGAGGACGUCCAGGCGGGGACAAAAUUUAUGGGGUUUUUGACAACCAAUUACCGGCUGCUUUGAAAAAGCUCCCCUUUGAUCGUCAUCUUUCCCUAAAAAAUGUACAGCGAGUCGUUACUGAAGCCGAUGGUUAUCAGCCCCAUCUGAUUGCUCCAGAACAAGGGUACAGAAGACUUAUUGAAGGAUGUUUAGGCUACUUCAAAGGCCCAGCCGAUGCCUCUGUGGAUGCUGUCCACCUUGUUCUAAAAGAGCUUGUACGGAAGGCAAUUGCAGCAACUGAGGAAUUGAAGAGGUUUCCAACACUUAAAAGUGAAAUAGCCACAGCUGCAAAUGAUUCUUUGGAUAGAUUUCGAGAAGAAAGUAGGAAGACAGUGACCCGACUAGUUGAUAUGGAGUCUAGCUAUCUAACAGUAGAAUUUUUUCGGAAGAUUAAUCUUGAAUCAGAAACAACCCCAGGUCGGAAUACCCCUAAUAAUCCUAAUCCUAAUCUGGACAAUUACUCGGAUAAUCACCUCAGGAAAAUCGGAUCAAACGUUAAUGCCUAUAUCAACAUGAUAUGUGACACACUUAAAAAUUCUAUACCAAAAGCUGUGGUUUACUGUCAAGUUAGAGAAGCAAAGAGAUCAUUGCUUAACCGCUUUUAUGUUCAAGUUGGAAAAAAAGAGAAGGAGCAACUCGGGACCAUGUUGGAUGAAGAUCCCGCACUUAUGGAAAAGAGAACACAGUUAGCUAAAAGGCUUGAAUUGUACAAGCAAGCUAGGGAUGACAUUGACUCAGUGGCUUGGAAAUAA